UUCUUAACGAGUCUGCCAUAAAUAAAGAAUGAUUUGGAAGCGUAAUAAAGCCUUAUGGCCGUAGCACCCCGCAUCUCAACUCAACGUCAUCUUCUCUCCUUCCCUUCUUCUUCUUACCCAAAAUCCCUUCUCGUCUUAAAGAAUCAAUUCCCUCUCCAAUUUCCUCCUCUCUCUCCUUUCUCAUAUCUACCAUUUUCUUCGCACAUCCAGUUUUACCUACUGCAAAACCCACAAAUAUUUCUAUAUUCAUCUUAUCCUUCUCAGAUUCUUUUUUUUUUGGUUAAAUUAUUCUCUUAUUUUUUUAAUCAGAAAAUACGUGUUUGCAAGUAUUCCCGUAUGUACAACUGAUAUUGGGUAUUUGAGUUCUUGAACAACUUUUCCUUCCCAAAAAAGAGUCAUUUUUGGGUGAUAAUUGAUUUUACCGGAUCUGGGACUACUAUUCGCAUUGUAUAUUUAAUCCUUUUGAUGAAGGGGUAACUGUUGUUACGAAUUCAACUAUGGAUUCUGUCAUUGGUGGUAAGUAUAAGCUGGGUCGAAAGAUCGGCAGUGGAUCUUUCGGGGAGCUUUAUUUAGGUGUGAAUAUACAAAGUGGAGAAGAAGUUGCUGUCAAGCUGGAAUCAGUUGAAACAAAGCACCCUCAGCUUCAUUAUGAAUCAAAGCUGUAUAUGCUUCUACAAGGAGGAACGGGAAUUCCCCACCUCAAAUGGUUUGGAGUUGAAGGUGAAUACAGUGCCAUGGUUAUUGAUCUUCUUGGGCCAAGCUUGGAGGAUUUGUUUAACUAUUGCAAUAGGAGGUUCACAUUGAAAACAGUCCUAAUGCUGGCAGAUCAGUUGAUUAAUAGGGUCGAAUAUAUGCAUUCAAGAGGAUUUCUUCACCGUGAUAUUAAGCCUGAUAACUUCUUAAUGGGUUUAGGGCGUAAAGCUAAUCAGGUAUAUGCCAUCGACUAUGGUCUUGCCAAGAAGUAUAGAGAUCUUCAAACACAUAAGCACAUACCCUACAGGGAAAACAAAAACCUCACAGGCACUGCUCGUUAUGCAAGUGUUAACACCCAUCUUGGAGUUGAACAAAGCAGAAGAGAUGAUCUAGAGUCUCUUGGCUACGUGCUUAUGUAUUUUCUGAGGGGAAGUCUUCCAUGGCAAGGUCUGAGAGCUGGCACCAAAAAGCAGAAAUAUGACAAGAUCAGCGAGAAGAAGAUGAUUACAUCUAUAGAGGUACUUUGCAAAUCCUAUCAAUCAGAAUUCACAUCAUAUUUUCAUUACUGCCGAUCUUUGCGGUUUGAUGACAAGCCAGAUUACUCGUACCUGAAGAGGCUUUUCCGUGACCUUUUCAUAAGAGAAGGUUAUCAAUUUGACUAUGUGUUUGACUGGACGACAUUGAAGUAUCCACAAAUUAGCUCCACUUCAAGAGGACGGCAACCAAUUGGGAGAUUACCUUUGAACCCAGGACCAUCUGUUGAAAGAGUGGAGAAGCCCCCAGUGGGGCAGGAAAUUAAAGAUAAGUUUUCUGGUGCUACGGAGUCAUUUGCUAGAAAGAAUGUGUCUGGAAGUGGUUUUCCGGGGGACCGUUUGAGACAUAGAUCUUCAGAGCAUCUAUCAUCCUCCAGAGAUGUGUGUCUAACAGCUAAUUGGGUCUUCCAUCAGCAAGCUGAUUCUGAAAGAGGUCGUGUGUCUCGCACUGACAGCACAUCGAGGAGGGCUGUGAUGUCAAGCAGCCGACCAAGCUCCUCUGUUGAACGCAGUGAGAAUCGUGCUGGUCGGUUGGGUUCAAGUAGCGGCCGACUGUCCACUUCACAAAAAACACAACCUGGAUUUGAAGCCAAAUCAUCAUCUGUUACUCGUGCUACUGUUGCAAAAGAGGGCAGGGACCAUGCCCUGAGGAGCUUUGAGCUGCUGACUAUUGGCACAGGGAGAAGGAAAUAAGACUGAUCUUUUAAAACUCUGCCCCAUCAAGGUAGCUAACUUCCAAAAAUGGCAUUUUAAGCAUUCUUAUUAUCGGCAUUUGUCCCCAGCUAAUGUGAAAUUCCCAUAACUGGUUUCACCUAAUAUAGGAGCGUCAAAUUAGCGCUCUUUCAUUAAAUUCUUCGCAGUGACCUUGUGCCUAGCCAAACGGCCAGAGAAGGUUUUUUUGCUUGUUUAUUUGAGACCUGUCUUAAUCACCAUUGAAGACAAUAUCUCCCAUGUCUUGUAUACAUUGCUCCUUGCAGCUAGUUCGUGGUUGUGCAGAUAGUUCCAUUUUUCAGGGAGCUGUGAGUGUACUCACCAUUCACUCCUCAGCGGUGUAGCUUAAAUCUGUGACCUGAAAACUUGUUCCUGUUCCGUUGCAACUACAAACCGUAUUGCUUACUUCUCCCUUUCAGGGAGUGAAACAACUCUGAUCCAUCUCUGGCCUAGUAUAUAUUGUCACAAAAAUCUUGUUAAAAAUGUAUUUUGGUGAUGGGUCUCCGUUUUAACUUUCAAGUUCGAUUAAUGCUGUUCGAGAAAAAAUUGGCAGUACACUUAACUCUAGCACUGUGAUUAUUUUCCAUCAAUUUGGGUAUUGUGAUGUGUUCAACAUUUAGCUUUCAGAGUUGAUUCAGAAAUUAACUUUAUCCAUAUUGAUUUUUAUAAGAAAAGGUUUGUCCAGUUCACGUAA